CUUCAGUCGCUGUUUUCUCCUCAGCCUGUUUGGUUUCGCCGCCGGCAGCGAUGCAGAGGAAACUCACAGAAGCGGCUCUAACGUCAGACUCCAAAUGAUAGUUAACCGCAGUAAUUCACGUUAGAUUUGUUUUCUUUCCAUUUUACUAAUCCUGGACCUGCGGGAGAUGGUGUCGCCCCCUGAAGCCGGAUAAUCAGACGCAGAGGCCGGCGGCAGGGAAGGCUAGCUGGCUGGAGUUGAAGCCAAGGUUCCUGAGGAAAUCUCGGCUUCCGUAUAGGAUUUUAUCCGGGCAUUUUGGGAUAUUUGGGACGUCUCUGAACCGGUUCUCCCGGCUGUGGUGGUGUACUGUUUUGACUUUGGGUGCUCUCGGUCCUGGAUGCCCCGGAGGCCCGGAGGAGCUCAGACUGCGGAGCCCGGGAGCAGUGCUCGAAUACCGGGGUAGUAGAGGAGGAGUUUUUGUCUGCUUUCUGAUUGGACCCCAGCAAGCCAGCCCCUCCCACCAUGAACCCUCUGAACCAGAUGAAGGCUGGACUGGCCAACAACCCACACAGUGACGGUUCAUACCCCUAUGACCCCUCCAGCUGGCAGCAGCCCACCAAUCAGCCCACAGGAUCCCUCUCCGUCGUUACCACCGUCUGGGGAGUGACCAAUCCCUCGGCCAGCCAGGGUCUUGGUGGGGGGGUGAUGGGGCCUGGGGCCAACCCUGGAGGAGGACCCAUGAUGCAGGGCCCCGGGGGUCCGGGCAUGGCAGGAGGGCCCGGAGGCUACAUGGGUCAGCAGGGCUACGGAGAGCCCAGCAAAGGCUACAUGAACCAGGGCAUGUAUGGCCGGACGACGGGGGGCUACGCCGGAGGACCGGGGGGGUACACAGGGAGUUACCCGUCAAACCCCGGAGGCUCCAGAGGUUCAGCUGAUUUCACUCAGGCCGCCGCCGCUGCUGCCGUCGCCGCCGCCGCCGCCACGGCGACCGCCACUGCCACAGCAACUGUCGCUGCCAUCCAGGAGAAACAAAACCAGGAAAUGAACUAUGGGCAGAUGGGAGGUCCAGCCUAUAACAACCAGUUCAUGGCCCACUCUGGCCCCCGCGGCCCCCCUGGCAUGGCUCCUGGAGGUAUGGGCCCUGGGCCUGGACCUACUAGGGGCCCUCCCUCAAUGGGCCCCAUGUAUGGCCCCGGAGGCGGCCCCCAGAGGGUCCCUCAGCAUCCAAACUAUGGCCCUGGACCCCAGCAGGGCCACCUGAGGCCCCCACAGGGCCUAAAACGGCCCUACAGCUCUGAGUCUUUCCCGGGAAUGUCUCAGCAGUACGGCGUUCCGGUCGGUUCCAGUGUCAACGUGAUGUCGGGUCCCGGUGGGGCCGGCGGUUCAAUUCCAGGUUCAGGUGGAGGCGGUCACGCCGGCCCCGGCCCCGGCCCGUACUCUGGCCCCGGCAUGCAGUACCAUGCAGGUCCUGGUGGUCCAGGCCCCGCCCCACCACGCUCCGGCUCCUCCCCCUCUUACCAGACUCAUAAGAUGCCCCUCCAACAGUAUCCCCCCUCUGGCCCGCCCAACUCACAGUACUACAAGCAGGAUCACUUUAACGGUCAGGGUGGAGGUUUAAACUCUCUGACAACAGGGGGCGCCGGUGGUGUCUACAACUCCUUCAACCAACCAUCUGGGCCCGGUCGAGGGUUGCCAGGUUACCCCUCCUCUCCGGUUCCUGGAAACCCGACCCCGCCCAUCACCCCCAGCAACUCCAUGGCCCCGCCCUACAUGUCGCCAGGCAACAGUGACAUCAAGCCGACACCCUCUUCCUUCCUGCCUGACAUCAAACCAAACAUGGCUGGCCUGCCCCCUCCUCCUCCUACAGGUAACCCUAGCGACGACCUGCGGCUGACCUUCCCGGUGCGCGAUGGUGUGGUCCUGGAGCCCUUCAGAUUAGAGCACAACCUGGCUGUCAGCAACCACGUCUUCCAGCUGCGAGACUCCGUCUACAAAACCCUCAUCAUGAGACCGGACCUGGAGCUCCAGUUCAAGUGUUACCACCACGAGGACCGACAGAUGAACACCAACUGGCCCGCCUCCGUCCAGGUGAGUGUGAACGCAACUCCUCUCACCAUCGAGCGAGGCGACAACAAAACUUCCCAUAAGCCUUUGUACCUGAAGCAAGUGUGUCAGCCGGGCAGGAACACCAUCCAGAUCACCGUGACCGCCUGCUGCUGCUCGCACCUGUUUGUCCUCCAGCUGGUCCACCGUCCGUCGGUCCGCUCGGUGCUGCAGGGUCUGAUGAAGAAGAGGCUGCUGCCUGCAGAACAUUGUGUCACCAAGAUAAAGAGGAACUUCAGCAGCGGCUCCAUCCCCGGGACUCCCGGGCUAAACGGAGAGGACGGCGUCGAGCAGACCGCCAUCAGAGUCUCGUUAAAAUGUCCCAUCACGUUCCGCCGCAUCCAGCUGCCCGCCAGAGGUCACGACUGCAGACACAUACAGUGUUUUGAUCUGGAGUCGUACCUGCAGCUGAACUGUGAGAGGGGAACAUGGAGAUGUCCUGUUUGCAAUAAAACAGCUCUGUUGGAAGGUCUGGAGGUGGAUCAGUACAUGUUGGGAAUCCUCAUCUACGUUCAGAACUCGGAGUACGAGGAGAUCACCAUCGACCCGGUGUGCAGCUGGAAGCCGGUUCCCGUGAAGCCGGACAUCCACGUGAAGGAAGAGUCUGACGGUCCGGUGUUGAAGCGCUGCCGGACGCUCAGCCCCAGUCACAUGGUCCUGCCCAGCGUCAUGGAGAUGAUUGCAUCACUAGGCCCAGCCCCUUCCUCUGCCACUUCCUCCUCCCCAAUGCCCUUUACCUCCCUGCCUGCAGGGGGCAGCAACAACAGCGGCAACACACCGGACUACCCGGGACCAGCUCCGUCCUAUCCCAGCCAGUCUGCCGGUUUCUCCGACUUCACUGGUCCCGGGACUCCGGGGGUCGGGGGGGACUUCUCCUCCCCCGGUCCUCCCCCUCUCUCCUACCAGUCGGAGCUCUCCAGCGCCCUCCUCACCCCCGACAAGCCCCCUCCCCACCCACUGGCUGUACAGAUGUCCGUCACGGGCCGUCUGGACUCCACUUCCCAUGGUGCUCCUCUCUCCCAGCAGCAGUCGCAGGGUCUCCAUGGCAACUCCCAACUUGGAGGUAGCAACCAGAUGAUGCAGCGUAGCAACCAGAAUCCCCGUCUCCAAGGCGACGGCUCCUUUGGUCUCGGGGGGUCUGCGGAGGUUCCAGAACCAUCUCUGGAUCUGCUUCCUGAGCUGACCAACCCUGACGAGCUGCUGUCGUACCUCGGACCUCCGGACCUCCCGAACAACAACAACGACGACCUGCUGUCGCUGUUCGAGAACAACUGAACACACACACACACACACACACACCUCCAGAAUUACUGUAAGAUAUGAACUCUUCUCUCGUCGCCCGCCAACACGACAGGCGGCCCAGCGCGGCCGCCGUCUGCACAGGACGACGGCGAAACAACGUCUUUUAAACAUGAACUCUUUGAUGUGUGACGAUGAACUUGAUGGUAAUUUUAUUUUAUUGUUUUUUAUUCUCUGAAACUGUAUUUUGAUGCUUCAUCCUUCAUUCCUGUCGCUGCGAUUCAGAGUAUUUAAAGUGACUGUUGGUGGCGACCACACGGCUGCUGCUGGCGCGUACACACACACACGCACGCACGCACGCACGCACGCACACACACACACACGCACGGCGACGCAGUAGCUCUGUGGUUCUUUAAAGCCACAAACGUUCUGGUCCAAAUGAGUUUUAAAUGUGAUGGGAUGAAACGUGGAAGAUGAGCUUUAAAGGAGCAGUCCGGUCUGUUCUGACUGUUUCUGUUCUCACCUGAGAAACACGGAGACACUGAAGUCUGAGUCCGUCUGAGUCCGUCGAAUGUCCCAGAGACGUCAGAAGGUUCAGGAUGUCCGCUCAGCCCGGCGUCUCGGCGACGCUCCAAAGAUCUCCUGCGAGUCUGUUCGACACCAUCAGGUCUCACCAGACGUGAAGCGCCAACACCAAACUGCAGAUUGUCUCAUUCGGUGGUGUUUCCCUCACGUGUAAUAUCAGUGUAAUAAUAUAGAAAUAUUUUUAGUAGAACGGUUCACAGUGACGAGCGAACAGACUCAUCUCAUCCUGUUCUUCACCUCUGAGCUUCAGUUUGUCUGAGCUUUGAGGAUUUUGCUGGAAGAACAAUCUGCAACUUCAGACGAUGUUUUCAUGUUUUUCCUCCACGAAAAGGCCAAAAAACAGUGAACAGUCGUCCAUCCCAGUUUCCCAGAGUCCAGAGAGACGUCUUCAGAUGUCCAAACCCAAAGAGACCGAAGCAGCGACGCUGGAGAAGCUGGAACAUUUUGUCACUGUUUUGGUUGAAUAAUGAAAGUUGCUGCAUGCCGACCACCACAGAAGAAGACAGCUGAGAAGCUUUGCUUUUCUUCUGGCUUCAUUCAGCUUUUUUUCUUUUUCUGGUUUUUUAAAUGUUAGCAAACGGCUUCAUGCUCACCAGCCUGCGGACAGCAGCGGAGACUUCCUGCACGUGUGCGGCAGGAAGUGAAGGUGAGUCAUCAGAUCUGAACCCACCUGAGUGCCAGCGUCAGGCGGCGUUCUGCAGCAGAGUGAAGGAACCUGAGGAACGUCUUCACCGUCACAGACGCUCAAGUGUCCUGCUGAUGACCUGCACACAUCAACACCUCAGCCCAACAUCAGGAGCUCUGAUAGACCAGGAUCCUGGUGUCUGCUCCGAUAGACCAGGAUCCUGUGGCCUGGGAACACCUGGUCCUGCCGUGUGAACGUUGUUGUUUGGCACAGAACGUCUUGACUGAGAUGGUGAUCGAUCGGAUCGGAUCAUUGAUCGGAAACUGAUCGUGGCAGUCAGCUGGUCUGGAUGUUGCUCCUCAUUGGCCGGAGCUGCUCUGGAGCCUCGUAGUGAAACGACAUCUAACUCUGAUGGACGAGGUGAAUCAAAGAGUUUCCCGAGACAGAAACGAGCUGAUUGAGACACGUUUUGAAAGAAGUGUAGAGGAUUAACGGACAAACUGCACGCUGGGUUCCCUCGUGUUGUCUCUGUUCGUGUGGCUGAGUCCAGUCCACCUGGAUUUGAUCAUGUUUGAGACUUGAUGGAAAAGUGGAAAUGGGACCAAAACUGCUCGACUCAUGAAAGCUGUUUUUGUACCGGUGCUCCUCCAGUCUUUUAGUGGGGUUUUAACUCACUCACGCCCCCUGCAGGACAGUGACAGACUGCAGGGCAGCUGUUUGAGGCCACGACGUUAACCUGCAGCAACCGAAGGAGAAAAUCAGUCGAGAUGCUCAGAAAGUUGCUGCUGUUGCCUCAAACUGUUGCCCUGAGACGACGUCCGCAGAGCUCUACAGUUUGUAUAUGUAGUGAUCACAGAGGGUCCAUCUUCAUCCUCCUCCUCCUCAUUAUUCUCUAUGUUGUAAAGUGACUAGAGUCCAGACAGUUGUGGUGUCUCCAUGUCCCAGUGAGUCUGCUGACUUCUGGAGAAAAUAAAACUGUACAUGAUCACACUGUAUGAUUCAGUAAUGAUGCUAAUAACAAUAAUAAUAAUAACCUUUGUAAUUUAAUAAACACACACUGGAAAGACA